CCUCGGAAUGUUCAGCUAUAUUGAGAACGCAUCGUGAUCUAGGAGCAGAACAAUAUUUGUUACAGACUGAGAAAGAGUGGAAGAUAUGUCUCUGGAAUCGACGCCUACUCCCAAGAAUGGGGACAUGAUUGAGAUUUCACAACCAGGACAUCAGCAUUGGGCAAUAUAUGUAGGAGACGGCUAUAUUGUGCACAUAGCAGGUAGAAUCGUUGGCUCUGGAGAAGACUCUGUGCAUGGAGGAUCCGUUGUUGUACAAAAGACAGAGCUGGAGGCAGAAGCAUAUGAUUGUACUUACCGAGUGAAUAACAAGUUUGAUGGAGAAGUGGUUUCUUUGGCGUCGGACAAGGUGGUAGAGUCUGCUCUGAAGGAGGUGGGAGAGAAGAAACCUUAUGGGUUCAGCUGCCUAACCUUUGCUCUGGAGCUUAAAUAUGGCAGUGCAAAUCUAGACAUGAUAAUAAGGGCCUUAGCCCCCAUCCCGGGAGAGAUGGCAUUGACUGCAGCUAAAGGAGUCAAAAUUGUAGGUUCUGUUUUAAACACAGGAUCUGAAGUUAUGGGUUCGGUAACAGCCAAGGGCGUUGAUCUUGCAGGGCAAGGGGUAACAGCAGUGUCUGGUGUCUUGGGAUCAGCUGCUGGAAAAGGGCUAGCAAUGGUUGGGAACAUGCUAGCCUCAGGUGCACAAACAUUAGCUCCUAUUGUAGCUUCUAAAGCAGAGACACUACCUGCUGGUCCAGCGGCCAUGUUGCUGUCUGCUGCGGAAUAUAUAGCCCCACUUGCUGAAUCUUUAGCUAAACAGCCUGGAGAGGCAGAAGAGACCAUGACUCGUGGCAUUAGAGAUCUAGGAUCUGCCAUCUCCGAAAGCUCUGGAGCCGUGGGCUCUGCAUUUGCUACGGGAUUAUCUUGGUUAGGGUCUGCCUCGUCUGCAGGAGCGUCUAGCAUUAUUGGUUAUCUGAAGUCUGACACUGAGCCAACAAUAUCAGAGACAGCGGAAGAGAUGAGUACUAUUGAAGCACCCGACAAAUCGUAAACUUAACGUUGUUGAGAAAGUUAUGACGUGUGCUCUCAGUUGAAGAAGAUUUAUGUUGUGUUAGUAUCCUAAAUACAAUAAAAAAAAAUGUAAAGG